ACCCGCGGGGCGCGCGGGGCAGGACUCGGGCGCACCUCCUGGGCGUUGUGGAGCUGUGGCGCCCGAGAAGCCCGCCUUCCGAGCUGCAGGGGCGCUGAGAGAGAGGACCCCAAGGCAAGGGCGUUUGGGGAGCUGCUGCGGAGCUAGGGGCUCGGAGGACCGAGGCAUGUAUUUUCAGCUGCAGCGCAGAAGGGGAGAAUUCUGUCACCACCGAAAUGUGACUACAAUUGACUAGCUCGGCAGAGGCCUGGGAGUCUCUGGGAUUGAUAGUUUAGAAUAUGCUAAAGAGCCAGUGCUCUCCCUGGGCAAUCAAAGGGCCAGCUGGUCACUGUGACAGUGACCUGGAGCAAGGGAGUCAGAAGACAGUUGUAGAAAGCAAGAGGGCUCUCCCGAAGGGCUGCCUGGAUUGCUCACGGCUGGCUCCUGCUGCACAAUUGUUGCAGCUCUGAUGGGGUGUUGCUGAGGUCCCCCACCCCGGGGAGCAGCUGGGGCUGCGCAGGGGGCUGCCUGGUGAAGGAGGACUCCUGCAGGUCUGACUGACCCGUACUCUCAGCUUAGGAACUUGAGGGCUGUCAGAGCCACCUGUGUGCUCUCCCUCAGGAAGAUGAGCACUCUGAACACUUCUACCAUGGAUGGGGCUGGGCUGGUAGGGAAGAGGGACUUCUCCUUCCGCAUCCUCACAGGCUGUUUCCUGUCGCUGCUCAUCCUGUCCACACUCCUGGGGAACACACUGGUCUGUGCCGCCGUCAUCAGGUUCCGACACCUGCGGUCCAAAGUGACCAACUUCUUUGUUAUCUCCUUGGCCGUGUCGGAUCUCUUGGUGGCUGUCUUGGUCAUGCCCUGGAAAGCGGUGGCGGAGAUUGCUGGCUUCUGGCCCUUUGGGUCCUUCUGUAACAUCUGGGUGGCCUUUGACAUCAUGUGCUCCACUGCGUCUAUCCUCAACCUCUGUGUGAUCAGCGUGGACAGGUAUUGGGCUAUCUCCAGUCCCUUCCGGUAUGAGAGGAAGAUGACCCCCAAGGCAGCCUUCAUUCUGAUCAGUGUGGCAUGGACCUUGUCUGUGCUCAUCUCCUUCAUCCCAGUGCAGCUCAGCUGGCACAAGGCGAAACCUGCGAGCCCGGCCGAUGGGAAUGCCACUUCCCUGGGGGAGACCGUGGACAACUGUGAUUCCAGCUUGAGCAGGACAUAUGCCAUUUCGUCCUCCUUCAUAAGCUUUUACAUCCCCGUGGCCAUCAUGAUUGUCACCUACACCAGGAUCUACAGGAUUGCCCAGAAACAAAUACGGCGCAUCUCAGCCUUGGAGAGGGCAGCCGUCCACGCCAAGAAUUGCCAGACCACUACAGGUAACGGAAACCCUGUGGAGUGUUCUCAACCCGAAAGCUCCUUUAAGAUGUCCUUCAAAAGAGAGACUAAGGUUCUGAAGACUCUGUCAGUGAUCAUGGGGGUGUUUGUGUGCUGCUGGCUUCCCUUCUUCGUCUUGAACUGCAUGGUGCCCUUCUGUGGGUCUGGGGAGACCAAGCCCUUCUGCAUUGAUUCCAUCACCUUCGAUGUGUUUAUGUGGUUUGGGUGGGCUAAUUCCUCCUUGAACCCCAUCAUUUAUGCCUUUAAUGCUGAUUUUCGGAAGGCAUUUUCAACCCUUUUAGGAUGCUACAGACUUUGCCCUACCACAAAUAACGCAAUAGAGACAGUUAGCAUCAAUAACAACGGGGCUGUGGUGUUUUCCAGCCAUCACGAGCCGCGAGGCUCCAUCUCCAAGGACUGCAAUCUGGUUUAUCUGAUCCCACAUGCAGUGGGCUCCUCUGAGGACCUGAAGAAGGAGGAGGCAGGUGGAGUAGCCAGACCUUUGGAGAAGCUGUCCCCGGCCCUGUCUGUCAUAUUGGACUAUGACACUGAUGUCUCUCUGGAGAAGAUUCAGCCUGUCACACAAAAUGGGCAGCACCCUACCUGAACUCCGAGAUGAAUCCUGCCAGCCAUGCUCAUCCCAAAAGCCAGAGGAGAUUUCUCUGGGGCUUGCUGGUGAGACCCUAAGGUGUGGUGAGACUGAGAUGUCAGGCAGGCCUUCCCCUGCAGCUUUCCCUCAACACACAGCUGACUCUAUUUUAAAUACAUUCCAGUGUGUCUCCUGUGUUGUUCAUGGCGAAUCAAAGAGGGACGCGUGUGAAGCGAAUGUUCACAAGGGACAUGUCUUUGGCUCCAAAAUUACUUUUAGAAAGUGAUUCUUAUCUUAGGACUUUAAAAAUAAGGCAAAGAAUCAACAAGAACAGCUUCGCUUAAAAAUUAAACCUUUCCAGGAAGGAAAUGAGAAGGGUUGCAUUUGCUGUAUACAAACAGGUGCUAACACUGGUCCAAGCAAAGAGUUCAGAUGGUGAAGGUAGGUGCAUGCCUUUAUAAACGAUUCCUCAAGAAUACUCGAGCCUUACAGGAGGAAGGGGAGGGGUUUUCUUUUUUUGUUUCAGAAUUGAGAGAUGCUUUGUUGAUAUUGGUUUUAUUUAUUUAUGGUAUUAUAUGGAUAUUUUUAAUUUAUUAUAAUAAAUCUAUAUUUAUCAUAUUUAAUAGCAUAAACUGAGUUAUCUGAAACCUUACAAUCACAUUUUUGUCCAUUUAACUAGCACUUUAUAAGCCAAUGAAACAAACACACAGACUCUCUCAGAUUCUAAAUGCUCAUGCGUAGCUUCCAGAAACACGGCAAAGCCUGAUAGGAAAGGCAGCUGUGAUGAUUCCUUGAAAUUCAUUGGCAUAAAUAAAUACGAGGUGAGAAUUGACAAAUGUUGUGAAUGUUUCUUUUUCUAAAAAGAUUUGGGAAAAUUUUCAAAAGCAUAGCUACUAUGGUGUUCAUAAUUUUUCAAAUGACACUCUCCCAGGAGAAUGAUUUGCAGCUCUGUAAAUAAACGCCAGCCUAAGAAGAAUCCGACUUUAAAGUUUAUCAUCUUAGGUGGUAAUAAAAAGUAUAUGCCACUUUGUAUUUAUGUAAAAUAAUUGGCCCUCUGUGUCUUUUCUCAUUUCACGUGUCAGCUUUUCUGAACCAAUGACCCUGCUGGUCAGAUGCGUGUAGUGAAGACAGUGGGUUUCCUUAACUCUCGUGUCACAGCAGCUUCAGCACUAGGCAGAGUUCAAACCCGCAUCUCCAUCUUCCCAGGUCAAACCAAGCCACUCAGUGAGGCUACUUUUUGUAGUGCUUGAAUCUGAAUUUAGAGUUGAUUUUUUUAAAAAGUCUUUAAGUGUUAAUGAUGUACUAACUAAUGAACCGUGCCUCAUUAUCAUCCUUGAGUAAGACACUUCUGUUGGUGGGAAAAACAGGAGACCCCUUCUCUUGGGCUAUGUUAAGCACCCCAAAGCCAUCAGUACCUCUUGACAAAUGCUAGCCCUCCUUUGUGCUUUGGAAUCACGUUCCUAUGUCAUCGCCUGGACUGUAAAAAGAAUCGUAACUCCCCCUCGCUAGAUUCUAAUUCAUGUGGGGCAUUUCAAGAGAAUUUCUUUGAAAUGUUUACAAAGCCUUCUUGUAAGCAGUUUUCUUAAUAUUUAGAUGAAAUGAGUAACAGAAAGAAAUCUACUGAACAGUAUCUCCUGCGUCAGGUCUGUGUUAUUUAUGCAUUGUGAAUGUUUUCUUAAUUUUAUUGCCUGUAUGCUUUCUUACAUA